AUGAUACGCACUCCCACAGUCCGUUUGGCCUCACAAUUCAUCCGCUCUAGAGCGGCCAGCAGCCGUUCAAUUAACACCAAUAACCGUCAACAGAACACAGCGGCCACGGUCCAACCAAAUCUCACCAGCAACGAUAAAUUCCUGCACUACACCAAUGAGGAGGGUUAUUAUCGCAGCUCGUCCAGUGAACCGUUGGCCAUACCCAAUGUGCCCUUGGACAAAUAUGUUUGGCGUGAUGUUAAGAAAUAUGAAAAUAGUGUGGCAACGGUCGAUGUCAUUACCGGCCGCCAAUAUACCUAUGCUGAACUGCGUGAUAACAGUGCCGCCUUGGCCGUUCGUCUACAGAUGAAAUUUAAGCUGCAGCAGGGAGAUGUUGUUGCCGUUUGUAUGCCAAAUUUACCCGAAUAUCCCGGUGUUGUAUUGGGUGCCAUUGAGGCGGGUUUGACAGUGACCACAGUAAAUCCCAUCUAUACUCCAGAGGAAAUUGCCCGCCAAUUGACCUUCAGUGAAGCCAAAUUUAUAUUUGGCAUUGCCAAGGGCUAUGAUACCCUCAAGGAAGCCUGUAAGCUGGCCAAGAAAGACUUGCCCAUUGCCUGCAUCCGCAUGUUUCCCAAUGAAACGUUGCCCGAUGGUGCCAUCGACUUUUUCGAAUUAUUUAAAUAUUCCGACAACGUCGAUUUCAAUCAAUUGAAACAAUAUGAUAUUUCACCCAAUGAUUUGGUUAUGUUACCAUUUUCAUCGGGUACCACCGGUCUGCCGAAAGGUGUAAUGUUAUCCCACAACAAUAUUGCAAUGAAUUGUGAACAAGUUCAACAGGCGAUACAUAUUGAUUGUACUCAGAAACAGGAGGUACUGCCAUGUGUACUGCCCUUCUUCCACAUUUAUGGCCUGUCAGUGAUUAUGUUGUCGAAAAUCGGUCAAGGUGCCAAAAUGGUGACACUGCCACAAUUUAAACCGGAGGAUUUGAUGAAGGCGUUGCAUGAAUAUCGUGCCACCAUGUUGAAUUUGGUGCCACCAAUUGCUCUCUUCAUGACCCACCAUCCCAAGGUAACCCCCGAAACUUGUCCCGAAUUGAAUGUUGUUAUGAGUGGUGCGGCCCCAAUUAGUGCAGCCGAUGUGGAACGUUUCUUGAAGAAAUUCCCCAAUACCAAUUUCCUGCAAGGCUAUGGCAUGACUGAAUCCUCUCCCGUGGUACAUUUAACACCACUCGGCAAUACCCGUUACUCUUCGAUUGGUGUUUUGACUGCCAACACCGAGGCUAAAAUCGUUUCGCUUGAUGCUGAUAACCACACAGGCUUGGGUCCCAAUCAACCCGGUGAAUUGUGUGUCCGAGGUCCUCAAGUUAUGGCUGGCUAUUUGAAAAAUGAAGAAGCCACCCGUGAAACCUUCUAUCCUGGCGGCUGGUUGCGUACCGGUGAUGUGGCCUAUUAUGAUGAGGAUGGUUAUUACUAUAUUACCGAUCGUAUGAAGGAGCUGAUUAAAGUCAAGGGAUUCCAAGUACCUCCCGCCGAAUUGGAGGCUAUUUUGAGAGAUCAUCCCAAGAUUGUAGAGGCAGCUGUCUUUGGUAUACCGCAUCCGGUUAAUGGUGAGGCACCAAAGGCCUUGGUGGUGUUGCGACCCAAUAUGGAAGCCACCGAAGAGGAGAUCUACAAUUAUGUGGCCGAACGUGUGGCAUCCUAUAAGAAAUUGGAGGGUGGCAUUGUCUUUGCCAGUGAAGUUCCUAAAAAUCCUACGGGAAAAAUUUUACGUAAAGUAUUGAAGGAAAAAUAUUCCAGUUAA